AUGAAGCAGUUUGGGGACGCCAUCAUCAUCGUCGAUGUGGUGUUCUGGUUCCUGGCCACAGUGUUUGUGGCUCUGCGCCUGGUGUCGCGGACCGUCAUUGUCCGCAAGGUCAACCUGUCGGACACGGUGAUGCUGGUGGGCUGGGUGCUCACCACCGCCCUCUCUGGCGUCAAUAUCUUUGCGACAACCAAAGGCUUGGGAUUGCGCGAAGGCGUCCUGCUUGCGUGGCGGCGGCCGCUGGCGGUCGCUGAGUAUGUGUUUGCAGUGCUUUAUUAUCCCGCUCUCGGAGCCAUCAAAUCAUCCAUCCUCUUAUUUUACCUGACCCUCGCAGCCCAACAGCGCCUCUUCCGGCUGGGAGUCCUCAUCACGCUUGUGGUUGUCAUCCUCUUCACUGUGGCCCUCACCCUCGUCAACCUGUUCCCCUGUCGGCCGCUCUCGUCGUCACUCCUCAUCCAGACCCCUCCAGGAACGUACUGCAUUGACAUUGUUGCGCUCUACAUUUCUACUGCCCCAAUCAAUAUUGUCACCGAUGUCGCCAUUUUCGUGCUCCCCUUACCGAUGCUGUGGCGCGUACACCUCCCUCGACGGCAGAGGAUCAUCCUGCUGCUCACCUUUGGCACUGGCCUAUUCGUCAUCGUCAUCAGCAUUCUCCGCACCGAGUUCCUCUUGCAGACGGCCAUCUCCCGGGUGACCAAACCUCACAAACCGAGCGUUCACGAUUUGUCGUAUUACGAUGGCUAUGUCUUGCUCUGGUCCACUGUCGAGCUGAAUCUCAGCAUCAUGUGUGGCUGUGUGCCCAGCUUGAGGCCUCUAUUCUCCCGGUUCCUGCCACGCAUCGUCCACUCUCCAGUGCGAACGCAGCGCUCCACCGACCCAGGGACGUCAACCAGCGACGGGCAGCAUGGGCUUCAUUCCCUGUCCGGUGACUCGGUUCGCAAGUUCGGAAGGAUGAAACGCAAAGGGACAAAUCCUCAGGACUCGAUGACAAGACCAGCAUCGGGGUCGAAUCCUGCAGCCAGAACGGAACGGCGGCCGCGGUUUGAUUUUUUCCGCCUCUCCCGGUCUAAGAACAUGCUGAACAUGGGUGAACGAGAAUCACGGACCCCGCUGGCCGUGAUGGGCAUCCUUUUCCUGCUAUGGGGCUUUGCAGACGGGAUCAUCAACAUCUUCUUUUGGCGAUUCCAGCGCUAUAGUAAUUCUGAGGUGAAUGCCGCCUUUGGAAUGCAUGCCGCGUAUUGGGGGGCCUAUCUGUUCGGGCCUCUUCUCAUCUCGAGGCCCGUUUUGAAAAGCAGGGGGUUCAAGAUCUGCCUCCUAACUGGAAUCUCAAUCUUCUGGCUCGGCAUGCUGUUAUUCUGGACCGGCACGGUGCUGAUCUCCGUCGCGGCCCUCGUGGUGGCAAGCUUCGUCUCUGGGUUGGGUCUGUCCGUGCUGUCAACGGCGGCACACCUCUUCAUUGUACUCUGCGGACCGCCGAACCUUGGCGAAAUCCGACUGACCCUCGCCAGAUGCAUCUAUGCCACCAGUGGGGCAGCCGCACUGAUACUAAGUCAGCAAGUGCUCUUCGAAGAUGUGGCAGAUGCGUCCGGCCUGAUCGAGAUUCAAUGGAUCUUUCUGGUCAUGGCGCUGGUGUCAAUGGUAUUGGUAGCUAUGUACAGCUUCUUGCAGCUUCCCGAAGCCGCCGAUGAGGAAUUGAAAGAGCUCACGCGCUGGGACGACCCAGAGAACUGUGGCUUUGUGUGCGGGGCUCGUGUCGUUUGGGUGACUUUGGUUCUAGGGGCUCUGUCGCAAUUUUGCACUGUGGGUGGGCAAGAGUCUUUUCGGACGAAUUUCCUCUAUUUCGUACCGUUCAACGAACCCGACUCUCAUCCUUCAAAAUAUACCUUUGUCGCCAUCGGCCGCGGCGCCGUCGCAGCUGGCUACCUCCUCACGGCGCUUAUGCUGCUCGUCUGCAAGCCGCGCUGGGUUCUACUAAGCCUUGCUGGAAUUUUCUCCAUUAACUUUGCCAUCUGCCUCCGAGGCAUGGGCGAGCAUACGAAGACCGCGGCCGCAUUCUUGACCACGGCCUGCAUCAGCGCUGCGCCGUUUCCUUUCGUCCAACGCAUCGUAUCCGAGUCCCACGGAUACCGGUAUGGAAGCGCCAUUGACGUCGCGCUCUUCUCCACUGGCGCAUUCUUUUCGCUCUAUCUUAACCUCGUUGGGCCGGCCCGGAUGCAGAUCGAUGGGUCUACUCCACAGCCAGAGAUCCAUCAAGAAAAUCCCCCUUCCAUUACCUACGCUUGA